UCCUGGCUGGGGAUUGAACUCAUGCAGCAGUGACUGAUGAUAGCUUGAUAGUGCCGAGACUUAACCCCUGCACGCCAGGGAGGCCUCGAAGCAGAAUACAAUUUUGACAUUGUGACUGGUUUAAAAUGGAUUCCACCAAGGAAUCCAAAGCAUCAAGGAACCAGAUACCUGUGAAAUAUUAGCAAAAGAAAAUUGAUUGUAGUGAGGCCUUCGUAUUGUUUGACUUAACCAUCAUUACUAGUAUAAGAAAAAGAGUAGUCCUGAUGUUUGUGAUUGCAGAGAGCUGUCAGAUUGAGCCUGCAGGCUCUCAAAUCAAACAACAAAUCACAUUCUACCAACUAUUUAAACUAUGUGUCACUGGGCAAAGUGCUAACCCCUCUGUUCCAGUUUCCUUGCCCAGUGGGGAUAAAGAUGGCCUCUCCCUCAUAAGGUGGUUGUGAGGAUUAAAUGUGAUGAGAUGAUUGAGGCAAGACUUGCAUAGAGUCUGGAUAUAUAAGUUGCACCUAUAUCAGUGAUUUUUUUUCUUUUACCUGAGCAUGUGACUCUGGAAGGAAAAAGCUUACAUAUCCCUACCAGAUGAGACCAGAAACAAGCUGAUGUCCAACAGAGAGCACCCCCACCCCCCACCUCUUCCCUUCAUGAGUACUGAAGCGCAUACGUUUUCCUCUUCUCCAUGGUAACCUCAGCCUCUUCUAAUAGAAACUUAUUUGUUCAGACUGAAAACAAAACCUUUGUUUUGGCUUCUUCUGUAUUACGCCUAGGUACUUAUCUGGGCUGAACUUCUAGUUUCUCAGAACAAGAGAUCUCUGCUGCUGCUUCAUCUAACCUUUUGCUAAUAGGGGAUGCUGACUGGGAAACAGAUUCAAGAGAUUCUCUGGGCGAAUCUUAGCACCUUUCCCUCGUGUUCGUGAGAUUUUGGAGGAAAUUUAUUCAACGUGUGUUUAUUCAGAACAGAUUCCUACUCAGGCACCACUGCUAAGGCUAGGGAUAAGGCAACCCUUGUUCUCACAGGGUUUUACAGCGUAAGGAAAGAAAAAUCAGUAACAAAAGAGUAAACAGUAGAAAAUAUUGUGACGGAAAUUAGGUGUAGACACAGAAUGGGGUGGGGAAGAAAAGACCUCUUUGAGGACUUUGAAGCAGAACUGAAGGGUGAAAAAGAGUGAGUCAGAUGAGGAGUCAGUCAAGGAGCAUUCUGGGUAAGGGAACUAAUAAGUGCAAAGGCCCUGAGGGGUCCGGGGGGAAACUUGGCUUGUUCGAGGGAGGCCAGUGCAGGGAAUGAAGCUAGAAACAGGAAGGUCGACUGAGAAUUCAGGUCUUCACUUGAAGGCAAUGGGAAGCUCUAUAGAGUGUUUCGAGCAGGGCGUGACAUGACCCGAGAUGUGUGUGAAGACCCUCUCCCCACUCCCACCUCAUCCACCAGGCCCAGCUGGCCCGGGCCCUCUACGACAACACCGCCGAGUCCCCCCAGGAGCUGUCCUUCCGCCGAGGGGACGUUCUACGGAGUGAAGCUCCUUCCUGCUGGUCCAGCACCCAAGCCCAGCCUCUCCCAGGUGCCCCCAGCCCAGCCUGGCUCGCCACAUCCAGCCCCCGAGCACAGCAAUGAGGACCAGGAGGUGUAUGUGGUGCCGCCCCCAGCUCAGCCCUGUCCUACCACAGGACCUUCAGGUGGAUCCUGCCCACCCUCCCCUGACCCCAUCUACAAAGUUCCCAGAGGCACCGGGACCCAGCUGACUGCUCCUGGGGACACCUUGGAGGUCUAUGACGUGCCCCCCACCGCCCUCCGAGUUCCCGCCAGUGGCCCCUAUGACUCCCCUGCCUCCUUUUCCCGUGCUCUGGCCCGACUUACGCUGCAGUCACCUGGAGAGGACGAGGCUCCCUAUGAUGUACCUCUGGCCCCAAAGCCGCCUUCUGAACCGGAGCCAGAUCUGGAGUGUGAGGGAGACCGGGAGCCAGGACCACCCCUCUACGCUGCCCCCUCCAACCUGAAACGGGCAUCAGCCCUGCUCAAUCUCUAUGAAGCACCGGAGGAACUGCUCACAGAGGGAGAGGGCAGUGGCACUGAGGAGGGCAUCUACGAUGUGCCCCUGCUGGGGCCAGAGGCGCCUCCUCCUCCAGAGUCCCCAGGAACCUCCACCUCCAGUGACCUGGACACCCUGGCCCUGCUUCUGGCCAGAAGCCCCCCACCCACACACAGGCCCCGGUUGCCCUCGGCUGAGAGUCUGUCCCGCCGCCCCCUGCCUGCCCUUCCUGUCCCUGAGGCGCCCAGUCCCUCUCCAGCUCCCUCUCCUGCUCCAGGCCGGAAGGGCAGCAUCCAAGACCGGCCUCUGCCCCCGCCUCCACCCCGCCUGCCUGGCUAUGGAGGCCCCAAAGCUGAAGGGGACCCAGAGGGUGGGGAGGUGGAGGAGAGUCCAGCAGGACACCACAAUGAGUAUGAGGGCAUCCCGCUGGCCGAAGAAUAUGACUAUGUCCACCUAAAGGGCAUGGAUAAAGCUCAGGGACCUAAGCCUCUGGAUAAGGCCAUCCCAGGGGAUCCUGAACUGCUGGAGAGGGGGCUCCCGGAGCAGCAGAAAGCCCUGUCCCCAGGGGAGCCGCUGGUGCUGCCCACCGGAGAUCUCCAGCUCCUGCACUUCUAUGCCGGCCAGUGCCAGAACCACUACUCGGUGCUACAGGCAGCCGUGGCGGCCCUGAUGUCCAGCACCCGGGCCAACGAGCCCCCACGCCUCUUUGUGCCCCACAGCAAGCGGGUGGUGGUGGCCGCCCACCGCCUGGUCUUUGUUGGGGACACCUUGGGCCGGCUGGCAGCCUCUGCCCCUCUGCGAGCUCAGGUUGGGGCUGCAGGUACAGCGCUGGGCCAGGCACUGCGGGCCACUGUGCUGGCUGUGAAGGGCGCCGCCCUGGGCUACCCGUCCAGUCCUGCAGCCCAGGAAAUGGCGCAAUGUGUGGCAGAGCUGGCAGGGCGGGCCUUGCAGUUCACCACCUUGCUCACCAGCCUGGCCCCCUGAGGGUGCUAUGGCGCCCUCAGCCCUACACCUCCCUGCCAGAGUUCCCUGCCCCAGGCCCUAGGUGUCUGGAAGGCUCUGUUUCAGGGACCAGGGGAAGUGGAAGCAUCUCUCCCCCCUUCUGGUCAUCUCAGCCUCUCACAGAGGCAUCCCCCACCCCGCAGCUUUUUGUACGAGCCAUUUUGUAUAAAUUAUUUAUAUUUAAUACUAUU